GUCAUUUUACUUUUAAGUGUUCAUCAGCUUUUAAGAGUUUUAGGAGUUUCUUUCUGGACUGAAACCACUGGAGAAAAUGUUUCACAGAUUUCUGAUCUGUUUGUUGAUGUGGGGUCUGACUCUGACUGGUGUGUUUGGUGAUGAAGUGAAGUCAGUGUCAGUGAUGGAGGGAGAUUCUGUUACUCUACACACUGAUACUGAAAUACAGAGAUAUGAUCUGAUCGAGUGGAGGUUUGGAGAUAAGGGUAUUCGCAUAGCUAGAAUAAACAAAACAGCUAAUAAGAUCUCAAUAUAUGAUGAUGUUCUUGAUGGGAGAUUCAGAGACAGACUGCAGGUGAAUGAUCAGACUGGAGAUCUCAACAUCACAAACAUCACAACUCAACACACUGGACUUUAUCUAAUGAUUAACAGAAAAACACCCAAAACCCCAUACAGAUUCAAUGUAACUGUCUAUGCUCAUCUGCCCGUUCCUCUCAUCAGCAGAGACUCUUGUUCAAGCUCAAAAUGUGUGUUGUUGUGUUCAGUGUUGAAUGUGAGAGAUGUGAGUCUGUCCUGGUACAAAGGAAACAGUUUAUCGUCCAGCAUCAGUGUGUCUGAUCUCAACAUCAGACUCUCUCUACCUCUGGAGGUUGAAUAUCAGGAUACAAACACAUACAGAUGUGUACUCAACAAUACCAUCACAAAACAAACUCAACAUCUCAACAUCACUGAUCUUUGUCAGACGUGUUCAAAUGUCAUUACUUUAAUAGUGUUGAUAAUAUCUGUUGUGCCACUGGUGUUCGUGUCUGCGGCUGUGAUUUAUUGUUUCUGUGGAAAAUCUCAACAAACUAAAGAAGAAGGCAAGAAUUAUUUAUAAAUUACUAUAAACAUUCAUUUUGUGAAAAACAAAACGUUCACCUCUUGAUUUUCUAUCCAACACUGCUGAUUCAUAUUAUAAUAAUAAAGUAAAAUAAACUCAUUAUAUUAGCUGCUGUAAAUAAAGAUGUGAAGCUGC